UGCUUGGAAAAGGGGGAAUGCGGACAAUUUCAUGACCGUCACUAAAUUGCAUCUCAGUAGAAACCAUUCAGGAUUCGUCACCCAAGAAGCUUUAUUCCGCGGCCGGCCGCCGGUCUCGACCUUCCGCCACUCCCCCCUCAGCAGACGAACAUGCACAGGUCGCGGCUGGAGAUGGAAAACAAGGAGCUGGACUUCCACUUUGAGAUCGUCAACGUGCAGUUCAACGAGCUGGGCCGCUACGUGCUGAGGCUGGCGGUGGAGAACCCGCUGCUCGAGGGCUCGGCGGCCGGCGUCAGGCUCCUGGUCAACGGCGGCGGGGCCCUCCACACCAACUGGACAACCACCGACGUGGUGGCCCAGACGGGCCUCGGCGAGAUCCACACCGUGGCCAGGAGGAAAUUCCUCUUCAGACUUCCCAAAGGCUACUGCCAAAAUGAUGAAAACCAUGAUGUGAGGUUGCGUAUUGAGGCCUUUCGAGUCACAGGCUCUUCGCUAAAGGGAGCGCAGAAGGCCGGGGAGGCAUUUUUUGCCAUCUACCCACGCACCGACGCACCCAGGAUCAAUGUGUUGGCGAAGGAGGACGAGGACUUCUACUGCUACAGCAGCAUCAUGGCAUUGCUCAGGGUGCAGGAUGACGCACUGUCAAUGCACUGUGGGAGGAUGGCCUACAAGGUGUGUUUCCAUGAGACACGGCCUCCAAGGGAUGUCCUGUUGGCCGAUUCUACAGACCAAGGCCACAUCCAGCCUCUUAGCCCAAGCUUACCACUAGCGACGGUUUGCAAAUCAACUCCACCUCCCACUGUGCUGAAGCAACAGAUACCAUCACCUUCACCCAUUCCUGAGCGGAAUAAACCCAAGGAGGGAUUGCAACUUGAACCUUUGCUGGAGGCCCCUGAAGAAGGCCCUUCUCCUACCCUAGUGGUAGACCAUCUUGCGUAUCAGCAGCAGUCCAGUAAACCCAGCUUCCAUCUUUCUCCUCUGGAACACAUCCCUGCAGGAAGCUUUGGGACACAUCCUCGCGCAUGUGUGUUGGAAUCGCCCCCUGGGAGGACUGAACCAACUCUCACGUCUCCCACUGAUGAGUGGCAUGUCUCCAGACCUGGCAAGCAGUCUAUUACCAUCAUACUGCAUGGGGCAACUGACCUACCAGCCCUCAGUGAUGGCUCUGUGCCCCAACCGUUUGGGACUGUGAAGAGUGGUAUGGAUAAAGAGGAGAAUCAGAGAGCCCAGGGUGUUACCCACGCCACGGCCCAUCCCACACACUCUCCGUCCUGGGAGGAGAAGGUUACAGUGGAGAUUGAAGAAGAGGUGGCCAAAGAGGAAGUGGUGAUUGUGAGUGUUGCAGACAGCAGAAGCAAAGAGCUACUAGCCAGCUACUGCCUUCCUGUGCUCUAUCUGCAGAUGUUUCAUCAUUACCACCUUGAGCUCAUACAGCCACACCCAAGCAUCCCAUCUGGCAUUCGAUUAUAUGUCACCGUCGUUCGGAAAGGCAGCGUUAUUCCUCGACAGGAGGGAUUUGCUUUCACUGGUUUUGAGGUGCUGCUUCGCGCAGUGAAGUCUCCUUUGAAGGACCCCUCAGGCCCACUCCUUGCAGUAGCCAGGAUCAUUCCUGACUAUGAAUCCUACAAGUCAAAAAUGUUAAUGAAAUCUCCCAGGCUGGCUGGUAUCAGUAUCACCACAGUGGAGUACCCAAGCCCAAAGCAGUCUUCGUUCGAUGUUCCCCAUCACACCAACCAAGGUUAUCCACAGGUGUCUCGUGCAGGUUUCCCUCAGGAACAGCCGGUUUGGGAUCACUCCUUCCUAUUUCAGGGCCGAGACUGCGCCACCAUCUUCACCGUGGGAGCAGCCCUUGUCAUCGAGUACUACUGCAUCUCCCCGGUGAUGAACACUGUAAGCUGGUUCAACCAGAGUCCCGUGGGGUUCUCGGGUGUGCCUCUGGGCCAGGACGUCUACCACAGGCUGAUGACGGAGAACGGUGGCUGUGGGCUGAGGGUGGAUGGCCUUCCCGUGCAGGGAACCAACCUGAGGACAACGUCCAUCACCACCCCAACUGUGGGGCUUGUCCUCCGCCUCAUUGGCUCUGAGCGCCCAGAUUCGAUCCUUGCUGUUACUCAUCCCUCCCGUGUGCCCACUGUGGGAGAACAAACCCUAAGGAGCUCCCACAGCGUGAAGCACCAACAAACCACAAGCAGUGCACUGGCUGCUGUCCACCCUGACACUUCCUCGGGGCAUCACCUGACAAAGACAGAAGAGCGGACCCCAUCGCCAGCCCCGCAAGGGACAGCACAGUUACCACCAGCACCACAUGUGAAGCUUCUGAAGGACAGAGUUAAUCUUCCAUCUUACGAUGCACUGGCACAAGUGCUGCCAGAUUAUGAAUACCUCUUUCGUGCUUCCAGUCCAAAGGAAAAACAGAAGGUGGUAAAGAGAGAACAGCAGUCACCCGUCAUGGCUCCUGAACUUCCUGAGAUACAAGAAUCUACUUUGCUGUCAAUGAAAAGGGAGUCUACAACUGAGGACGAUAUUGGAAACCAGGAAAUCACUCACCAUGAAGCCCAGGAGCUGGAGAACUACCGAGCUGCAAUGCAGAAAAUGGCCGCUGAUAUCAUCAAACUGAGGAAGGACAUGGCCUGGCAGGAGGCUGAGAACAGCAAGCUGCGCAGCGAGCUGAGCCUGCACCAGAACCUGGGGCCAACUCUGCUGGACGACGCUGACAUCGAUGUGAUGACAAAGGCAGAAAUAGCAGACAGAAUCGUCCUGUUGAAACACAAACUGGCCAGUGAGACUGCAGAGCAUCUAAAGAGCAAAGAUAAGGUGCAGCAACUGCAGAAUGAGUUAAUCCGGAAGAACGACCGUGAGACUGAACUCUUGCGCCUGCAGAAAGCCCAUCAACAACAGCACGCAGCACUACAGAAGUACCAGGAAAAAAUACGCAAGUCAAAGAUUCUGGAAGACACCAUACGGCAACAAGAAAUGAUUAUCGAGAAAAUGGAGAAUAUUUUAGAUAAGAAAUUGAAAGAGAGACGAAGGGAAGGGCAUGGUGUUUCCAUAAAACACACAGGAGCUGCUGAAGACACUGUGAAGAAGGAGGUGGAGAUGGUGUUGCUAGCGGAGAACGCACGGCUGCGGGAAGAACUGGGACGGCUACGAAUACAGCCUGGACCUAUUAUCGUCCAGCAGCCAGUUCACUCUGUCAAGGAAUCCUUGGCCAAGUCAGAGAAAUUAAAUUUGCUGGUGCAGUUGGACAAAGCUCAGGGACGUGUCCAAACACUGGAGACUCUGUUGGAGGAGAACUUGCGGAAAUGGGGACGAGAGAAGCAAAGUAUGUUGACAAGGCUGUCUGAGCAAGAACAUGGUUUCACCAGAACCUCCACCAUGGUGUUCCAUGAUUUUCCUUUGAAACAUGCUUCAGAUUUACAUCUGAGCUGAAACUGAUAUGGGAUGCUUGGUCCUGGAUUUCAGAGGCACUGUCAGAGGAUAUUUCAACCGAAUGCAUGGUUAUAUUUAAAGCAAUGACAGUGGCAAGUAACUAAUUUGUUGAUUAAACCAACACCAUUUAAAAAAGAGGAUAUAAUUUCUGCUUUUUUAUUUAAGGAUCAGGUUAUUUUUGCACUUGGAACACUGACAGAGAAAAACUAAAUGUAAAGGAAUUUUAUAGCUAUUUUUGCCAAAGUGAAAAUGUAAAUUAUUAAUUUUUGAUAUGUGUGUUUAUUGAUUUGUAGA